AACUACGUCAUCAUUUUGCGCCCAUUCUGCGGUCGCUCGCGACAUUUGCAGCUGUAGCUGUUUCAAAGAAAAAGAAAACCACGUUAUAAUUCAAGCGUUUUGAGUGAACAGAAAAAGUCGACAUGAUCGAGAAGGAGGACCCGGUCAUCAGUGAAGAGGAAGCGGCGCAGUAUGACCGGCAGAUUCGGUUGUGGGGGCUCGAUGCUCAGAAGAGGCUGCGAGGGUCCCGUGUGCUCCUGGCUGGGUUAGGUGGUCUUGGAGCUGAAGUGGCGAAGAACUUAAUCCUUGCUGGAGUUAAAGGGCUCACUUUGCUGGAUCAUGAACAGGUGUCGGAGGAGUCGUGUCGAGCCCAGUUCCUGGUUCCCGUGUCGGCUCAGGGUCAGAACCGGGCCCAGGCUUCGCUGGAGCGAGCGCAGAACCUCAACCCGAUGGUGGAGGUUCACGCAGACCCAGAGAGAAUCGAAGACAAACCAGACUACUUCUUCCUGCAGUUUGAGGCGGUUUGUCUGACAGGUUGCUCCAGGGACUUGAUGGUUCGAGUGGACCAGCUCUGCUCUCAGCACAACAUCAAGGUCUUCUGUGGCGACGUCUAUGGUUACUAUGGUUACAUGUUCUGCGACCUCGGAAAGGAGCACCACUACGUCGAAGAAAAACCUAAAGUAGUGAAGCCUUCGGGUGACUCUAAUGAUGGUCCGGAGGCAAAGAAAGCUAAAAUCGAUCCCAACGAGACCACCAUGGUGAAAAAGACGGCCAGUUUCUGCACUCUGAAGGAGGCGCUGGAGGUGGACUGGACCACCGAGAAGGCCAGAACCGCCCUGAAGCGAACGCCGUCGGACUACUUCCUGCUUCACGUCCUGUUGAAGUUUCGUACAGACAAAGGUCGUGACCCCGACCCCGAGUCCCUCGCAGAAGACAGUCAGCUCCUGAGACAGAUCCGGGACGACGUCCUGGAGGCGCUGGCUCUGAGCAGCGACCUCCUCAACGACGACUUCAUCAGCUACUGCUUCUCAGAGCUCUCUCCGGUCUGCGCCGUCGUUGGAGGAGUUCUUGGACAGGAAGUUGUGAAGGCGCUCUCCCAGAGAGACGCUCCUCAUCGUAACUUCUUCUUCUUCGACGGCCGUAAAGGCCACGGCGUGGUGGACUACUUCGGGCCGAACUGAACGCCAGCUUCACUCACAAACGUCUGUCAGGUUAUUCAACCGUCUGUUCUUCUUAUCGUCACCACCAGAGGCGUGGCAUGUUGUUGUUGUUUUUUUACAUUUGCUAAUAAAACUUUUAAACAUUUA